AGAGAGAGAAUGAGAGACAGAGAGCACGAGAGGGAGGAGGGUCAGAGGGAGAAGCAGACUCCCUGCUGAGCAGGGAGCCCGAUGUGGGACUCGAUCCUGAGACUCCAGGAUCAUGACCUGAGCCGAAGACAGUCGCUUAACCGACUGAGCCACCCAGGUGCCCCAUGUGUUUUCUUAUUAUUAAACUGAGAUUAUGGAUUUGGGGGAAGAAUACCAGAGAAGUGCCCUUCUCAUUGUAUAUUAGGGGCACAUGAUAUCAACAUGAUUUAUCAGUGGGGUGCUAACUUUAAAAACUUGUAUAAAGUGGUGUCUGCCGGUUUUCUUCAUUGAAAAGUUAUUAUUUUUUCCCCUUUUCAUAUUUUAUUUGUUAGAAGCAAGUCAGUAAAUUUAACUGGGGUCAGUUUUUAUAAAUUAUAUUUUCAAAAAAUUCAUCGUUUCAUGUACAUCUCAAAUUUAUUUGCAUAGUUAUCUUGUAUGGGUUUCUUAAACAUUUUUUAUUUCCUUAUUGAUGACUGUUUCCCCACUGUCAUUGUGUUUAGAUUUUCCUCCUAUCUUUUGUUCCUUGAAUAGGUAGGCUACUGGUUUGUUUGCAUGUGUUAAUUGUACAAUUUUACUUAAAAUUUGUUUUUAUUAUAUUCAUUUCCCUUUUUCUGUUUUCCUUCAGCAGACUAUCAUUCUUUUUCUAAUUUUUGAUUUAAUAUUUAAUUCAUUCAUUUUAAUUCUUUAGUUUUUCAUUAGAUGUAAGCCUUUUAGUCCAAGAGUUUGCAGCAGUACAGUUAAAGGCCAUAGAAGACAUUGAUUUUACAACUGAGACCAACAAGUUAUCUUCAGAAAAAAGCAGUUAUGAAGUAAAUUCAUACCAUCGGGAGACAAUGAAAAGAAGUAAAACCUUCAACCUUACGAGGUUUAUUUUCAGAAAUGACCCACAGUGCAGAAUUGAAUUUGGGAGAGAACAGGUGCCUAACAUGGGAUGUUUUAGUCAAAUGACAUUUAUAAAACAUAUAUCUCUUCCUCUACAUCAGAGAAUUCACCCUAGAGAGAAAUCCUAUGAAUGUAAGGAAUGUAGGUGGGGCUUUAGAAAAUAUUCACACCUUACCAAGCAUUUGAGAGACCAUAGUGGUGUGAGACCCUAUGAAUGUAAGGAAUGUGGAAAAGCCUUUAUAGUUCUCCAGCAUUUUAUUAGACAUAAAAAAAUUCACACUGAUUUAAAACCCUAUGAAUGUAAUGGAUGUGAGAAGGCCUUUAGGUUUUAUUCACAGCUUAUUCAACAUCAGAUCAUUCAUACUGGUGUAAAACCCUACGAAUGUAAGCAAUGUGGGAAGUCUUUUAGACGUUAUUCUCACCUUACUGAACAUCAAAAAAUUCAUAUCGGUUUGAAACCCUAUGAAUGUAAGGAAUGUGGGGAGACUUUUAGAUUGUACCGACAUAUGUGCCUACAUCAGAAAGUUCAUCAUGGUGUGAAACCCUAUAUAUGCAAGGAAUGUGGGAAGGCCUUUGGUCAUCGUUCAAGUCUUUAUCAACAUAAGAAAAUUCAUUCUGGUGAGAAACCAUAUAAAUGUAAACAAUGUGGAAAGGCCUUUGUUCGCAGCUAUCUACUUAUUGAACAUCAGAGAAGUCAUACUGGCGAGAAGCCGCAUGAAUGUAAGGACUGUGGGAAGACCUUUAGCAGGGGUUCAAGCCUUCUUAAACAUAAGAGAAUUCACAGUAGUGAGAAACUCUAUGAUUGUAAGGACUGUGGGAAGGCCUUCUGUAGAGGCUCUCAACUUACACAACAUCAAAGAAUUCAUACUGGCGAGAAGCCACAUGAAUGCAAAGAAUGUGGGAAGACAUUUAAGCUUCAUUCGUACCUUAUUCAACAUCAGAUAAUUCAUACUGAUUUGAAACCGUAUGAAUGUAAACAAUGUGGGAAAGCCUUCAGUCGUGUUGGAGACCUUAAAACACAUCAGUCAAUUCAUGCAGGGGAAAAACCCUUUGAAUGUAAGGAAUGUGGAAAAACUUUUAGACUUAAUUCUCAACUGAUUUAUCAUCAGACAAUUCACACUGGUUUGAAACCAUACAUGUGUAAAGAAUGUAAGAAGGCCUUUCGUUCUAUCUCAGGUCUUUCUCAACAUAAGAGAAUUCAUACUGGUGAAAAACCCUAUGAAUGUAAAGAAUGUGGGAAGGCCUUUAAUCGUAGUGAUCGACUUACGCAACAUCAGAGAAUUCAUACUGGUGUGAAACCAUACAAAUGUAAGGAAUGUGGAAAGGCCUUUACUCGUUGCUAUCAACUUACUCAACAUCAAAGAUUUCAUAGUGGUGAGAAACUCCUGAUGUAAUGAGAGUCAGAAAGCAUUUACCUUUGGCACAUCCUUUAUCAUUAUCACUAUUCUACCACCCAAUGAUGUUAUGGUAAAGAUUAUUUAACACAAACUUUAAAUGCUUAGAGGGGCAUCUGGCACAUAGUAUUUGCUUACUAAGUAUUGUGGUUUUUUUUAAUGAUAAUCACCAUUAUUACUCUACAUAAAUUCAUGUGGAAGGAAGAAGACCCUAUAACCAUAUAUAUAUUUUUAAGAUUUUAUUUAUUUAUUCAUGAGAGACAGAGAGAUUGAGAGAGAGGCAGAGGGAGAAGCAGGCUCUCAAGGAGCAGGGAGCCUGAUGCGGGACUCGAUCCCAGGACGCUGGGAUCAUGACCUGAGCCGAAGGCAGACGCUUAACCAUCUGAGCCACCCAGGCGCCCUAUAACCAUAUUUUUAAAAUGCAUCAGUGCUCAUCCAUAUUUUCUUCAGAUAAUUAAUUCUGGACAAAAUCCCAUAGAAUAUAUUAAACAAGACACUUUUUUAUUCAAAGCUCAACCCCCUGAAGAUUAAUAAUAAGAAACGCUGUGCCCGGCUGCCUGGGUGGCUCAGAUGGUUAAGAGUCUGCCUUCGGCUCAGGUCACGAUCCCAGGGUCCUGGGAUCGAGUCCCACAUCAGGCUCCCUGCUCAGUGCAGAGCCUGCUUCUCCCUCUCCCUCUGCCAUUCCCUCUGCUUGUGCUCUUCUAUCUCUCUGUCAAAUAAAUAAAAUCUUAAAAAAUAAAAAAGGUUUAAAAAAAAGAAACACUGUGCCCUUAUUGGAUAUUGUGAGUUCAGCUGUGAAAAAUUGGAGAGUAGUUUGAAGUAAGUUUCUUACAAUAAAUUCUGUAAUACAGAUAACAUACAUUCCUCAUGCCCUACAACUGAAAUAAAUUAAAAACUUAACAAUUUGGUAGCCAAAGACCUAGGUUAACUUGGAAAGGUUUUCCUUGAGUUUUUGAAAGUUUUCAAAUUUACAUAAAAGGUACAACAGUGUUACAAUGAAGUUUGUUUGCCCUCCACCUAGAUUCAAUAUAUAUGAUAUUUCUCUCAUAAAUAUGAACAUUAUAUAUACAGAUGCAUAUAUAUAUCAUAUAUAUUGAAUAUAUUUUACAUGUAUCAUUUUGCUGUGUUUUUCAGUGAAUGUUUUAGAUAUCACUUCACCUCUAAAAAGUCAACAUACAACUCUUAGAAUUAAGGGUAAUCUUCUAGAUGACCAUUAAACCACUGUUACCUAAAAAACACUAAUAAUAAUCCUAUAUUGUUCUACAAUGUUCAGCCCAUUUACAAAUUUCUCUGAUUGGCUAAAGAAUAUCUUCUACAAGUGCCAGCUUUUUAAAAGCCAAAAACCAAACUAAGCUCAUGUAUUUUAUAUGACUGCAGCUUAUUGGGUCUAAUAAGAAUUGGUCAAGAAUUUACCCUCCACCUCCUUACAUUUUUUGAAGACUCAGAAGAAGUAACCUAUAUAAUGUUGUGAUUCCAUAUUUGUCCUGCUUUUUCUCAAGGUGGGCUUAACUUGUUCCUCUAUCCUUUGUAUUUAUUGUGAACUGAAGGUUAUGUCUAGAGGCUUAAGUUUCAGAUUAAACAUUUUUUAUAAGACUACUUCAUAGAUAAUAAUGUAUUUAAUAUAAAAUAUCAGGUGGCAUACAAGUGAAACUAUGUUUGAUCUCUUGAUUCAUGUAUUGACCACCAGUUCCCUCCAUUGUAUUGGUAUAUUUUUUUCUUUGCAAUUAGUAAUCCAUGUAAAGUCACACUGGCACUUCACUCAGAAAUUUAAACAGGCUAUUAUUUUAAAGAAAUUAACAUCUUGAGGAACCUCCAUACUGUUUUCCAGAGUGGCUGUACCAGUUUGCAUUCCCACCAACAGUGUAAGAAGGUUCCCCUUUCUCCACAUCCUUGCCAACAUUUGUUUCCUGUUUUGUUAAUUUUUUCCAUUCUAACCGGUGUAAGGUGGUAUCUUAUUGUGGUUUUGAUUUGUAUUUCCCUGAUGGCUAGUGAUGUUGAGCAUUUUUUCAUGUAUCUGUUAGCCAUUUGUAUGUCUUCUUUGCAGAAGUGUCUGUUCAUGUCUUCUGCCCACUUUUUGACUUUUUGAGUGUUUGAGAAGUUCUUUAUAGAUCUUGGAUAUCAGCCCUUUAUCUGUAAUGUCAUUUGCAAAUAUCUUCUCCAGGGUGAUGGGUACUGAGGAGGGCAAGUGUUGUAAUGAGCACUGGGUGUUAUACGCAAUGAAUGAAUCAUUGAACAUUACAUCAAAAACUAAUGAUGUACUAUUCAGUGGCUAACUGAACAUAAUUUUAAAAAAAAUUUUUUUAAAGAAAUUAAGGGCGCCUGGGUGGCUCAGUUGGUUAAGCGACUGCCUUCGGCUCAGGUCAUGAUCCUGGAGUCCCUGGAUCGAGUCCCGCAUCGGGCUCCCUGCUCGGCAGGGAGUCUGCUUCUCCCUCUCCCACUCCCCGUUUGUGUUCCCUCUCUCGCUGUGUCUUUCUCUGUCAAAUAAAUAAAAUCUUUAAAAAAAAAAAAAAGAAAUUAAAACCCCCCCAAAACCCUCAUAUUUUACAUUUACCCAUAUAUUUACCCUUUCCCAUGCUCUUCCUGAUUUCCCAAUUACCAAUUCCCAAUUGUCUGAAUUUCCAUCUGGUAUCACUUUCCCUCAGCUUGAAGAACUUAAUUUAGCAUUUCUUGGAGUGCACAUCUGCCGGUGGUGAAUUAUCAGUUUCUUUUACCAAAUGCCUUUGUUCUUGAAGGAUUAUUUUUCUUUUUUUUUUAAUAUUUUAUUUAUUUGACAGAGAGAGAGAAAGCAAGAGAGGGGACACAAGCAGGGGGUGUGGGAGAGGGAGAAGCAGGCUUCCCGUCGAGCAGGGAGCCCCAUGCGGGGCUCAAUCCCAGGACCCUGGGAUCAUGACCCGAGCUGAAGGCAGAUGCCCAACGACUGAGCCACCCAGGUGCCUCAGGAUUAUUUUUCUUGCUAUAGAAUUCUGGGGUUUGUGUGUAUUUUUAAAAAGAUAGACACUGAUUCCUGUCCUCCAUGGGUUAUGAUGAGAAGUCAUUUGAAUUAUUUUUCCUCUGUAUAUGUCAUUUCUCUCUGCAUGCUUUCAAGAUUUUUCAUUACCUUUGGUUUUCAUCUAUUUGAGAAUGCUGGUCUAAGUGUGGUUUUAUGUUACUCCUGUUUGGGGUUCUCUGAGCCUCUGAAAUCUGUACACUUACACUUUUCCCCAAAUUUCAGAAAAUUUUGUCCAUAUUCAGAUAUUUUUUUCUGCCCUUGCUUCUCCUCCUUCUGGGAUUCCAGGUACUUGUGUUAAAUCUUUUGAUAUUGUCCCACAGGUCACUGGCUCUGUUAGUGACUCUCUCCAGCCUUUUUUCUCUUUUUCAGAUUGGAUAAUUUCUAUUGCUCUAUCUUCAAAUUUACUGAUUCUUUUUCUUGUCAUCUCAAUUAUGCUGUUAGCUUAUCUAUCAAAUGUUUGAGAUAUGGCACUUUUCAGUUCUACUAUCUUCAUUUAGUGUUUUUUAAAUAUAGUUUCUAUUUCUUUACUAAGAUUUCCUGUUUCUUCAUUGUAUAUUUUGACAAUGCUUUUGAUUCCAGUGAAAAUCUUUCAUAUAUUGAUUCAUGAUAGAAAAAUAAGUAAAAUUAUUUUUAACUUAUGAAAAGUAUCAGUUUCCAGAAAUAUUCCUACCCUUUUAGUUAGGUCACAAAAACAGCUUUUCCUUUCCUUGGCGUUCCAGAUUUUCUUUGUUUAUAUGUAGUGUGAUACUGGUGAGAAAACAAAUCACACUGUCAUUUUGGGGGUCUUGAUUAUGAAAUAUUUGCCAAGUAGUUUUUUAAAGAAAGCCUUGGAGUUCAAAAUACAGUAAAUCUUUGUAAAAGAUCUGUAAAACUCUUCAACCAUUGAACCAAUGAACAUUGGCAAAGACCAUAAAUAAAUUCAUUGUUUUCUAUUUCUUUCAACAGUUCCAUAAAGUGACAGUGAUUCAUAUUUACCCAUAUAUACUAAACCAUCAUACUUUUCAUACUGUGGAGCAAAUCAAUUAGGGAGACAAAGCUCUUUAAAAUUUACGGAAUUCACAUUUUUAACUUAGCAUAGCUGUUUAAUCAUAAUAGAAAUUAUUUUUUUUGUAUCUAGUGGAAAUUCUUUUUUGACAUAUAUAAAAUAUUUUAAAAUAUCUAUGCUAUGACUCUGAUUUUGUAGGCUGCAAAUUGACAACAUUUCUAUUUGAUUUGGAAGUCUUUUGAGGCAAAAUGUACCCAGAGUAUUAAGUGGGCAAUAUUUCAUAUUGUACAACUCAUCUAAAGCUAGAGAAGAAUAUAUGUAGCUUUACUAAUUUUGAAUUAAUCUUUGAUAUUGUUAGAUCUUUUAUAGGCAGUUGACUGGUGGCUUAAAUUUUUUUUUUUUACUUUUUAUACAAUAUAAUUUUUCUUUUUUCAUAAUAUCCUAACAAAACUUCCAUAACUACAGUAAUAAUUUAUCUUCCCAUAUUUCCACUUAAAAUUUGGUGUUUUGUGUAUGUAACACACAAAGCCAUUUUAUAGCUACACAAAGUUAUAAGCUCAGAUUAUGUUUCAAAGUUAUUUAAAAUUUUGGUUGCCCAUUUAAUUAUAAUUUCAGGCAACUAAUUUUAUCUAUUUCUUUUUGGUUAUCAAAAGGAAAAUUCUCAUCAAAUGUGUUAUGUAUUUGUUGCAAAUGUCUCACAAUAUUCUCUACUUUAACUUAAUUUUUGUACAUUAUCUACCAGCUUUUUUAUUUUGCUCUAUUCACAGCAAAUUGUAAUUGGCAUUUGUUGUGAAAUUCACAGUACUUCUUCCAGUCUCUUAUUUUUUUUACUAUUCUGGCCACAGUACUGGCCUCUGCUUGACUAUGCAUCAUUAAUAUGUAUUCAUUUUAAGGUUUUUUUUUUUUAAUUUUUUUUUAAGAUUUUAUUUAUUUAUUUGACAGAGAGAGAGACAGCGAGAGCAGGAACACAAGCAGGGGGAGUGGGAGAGGGAGAAGCAGGUUUCCCGCGGGGCAGGAAGCCCGAUGCGGGGCUCAAUCCCAGGACCCUGGGAUCAUGACCUGAGCCGAAGGCAGACACUUAAUGAAUGACUGAGCCACCCAGGCGCCCCUCAUUUUAAGUUUUAAAAUCAGUACACACUUACUUAACCUAGAAUAAUUUAACUGUAAUUAAAGUAAUAAGUACAUUUAAUUACCAAUUAUUUCCUUCAUAUCACUGUAACUCAUGUUGCUUUCAUAAAAUAUCCAAAUAAACACAUCAAUUGCUUGACAUCAGCUAGGUCAGUGAUGUGUUUAUGUGUAACCCUAGAAACAUAUACACUACAUGCACACUAUAAUACAAAAAUAAAAUCUAUGCAAUGCAAUGGUUGAAGUGAAAUGUAGUCCUACCAAAACAAUAAAGUUGUCAGUAAUGGUAAAAUAUUUUACAUUGCUUUUUUAAUAUUUAAAUUAAUUAAAAUUGGAUGAAAUUUAAAUCAGUUUCUCAGUCACACUAGACGUGUCUUAGAAAGUUCAAUUUGGUGGCCAUAUACACUAGAUUAGAUGUAGGGUGGGAAUGAGAUGAGCAUCAGAAAAAACUGAAUACAAGGUAUCUGUCCAGUAUUACUAGGCAUUGCAAUAAUCCAGAUUGGACAUAAGGAAGAUUCACUACAGCUGUGAUUGUAGAAAAAAAUCAAAUAUUUUUCACACAUUAAGGACAAUCAGCAGGACAUGAUGGGAUGUGAGAGACCACAAAUUCCACAAAGAUUCUCAAAUACUGUAAGUGUACCGGUAAGCCCCCAUUUCAAUCAUUUAAUUCCAGCCUACUAGAUCUUUUGUUCAAUACUGGCAUCCAGGAAGUCGGGUUCCAUGGUUGGUAUUUGAAUUAGGGCGUCUGCUAAUUACCCCCCCAUAUCAAUCUUCCUUUCUUCCUUUAUUUCCUUGUGUGCACCACUAGGAUGAUGAUUCCCCCACCUUAUUGGUCCAUGGCUCUUCUGUUAUGUCCAACUGGAGAUAAUUGAAAUUGUGUGGCAGUUUGAAGGAACCUACCUUAAACACACCUGGUUAUCUCCCUUUCUUCCUUCCUCCAUGCCUCCAUUCCACUGCCUGGAUUUGGAUAAGAUGGUCUGGAGGACUUUGGAGCAGAGCCACACCCGGCUUAGACUGCCACCUCCAGAAUUUUAUGUGACAGAAAAAUUUUCCUGGUUGAACCAGUCAUUCUGGGUCAUUUUUUAUAGCCAAACAAUCUUUACUGAUUCAUCCAGGUUACUGUAUACUAAGAACAGUCAUCACAUGUUCCUAUCUCAUCUCAAUCAAAAACAGAGCAGAGAUUUUACAUGAAUAUUGCCAUGUAAGUAUUCAUUCCCACCUCAUCAAAAAUUCAGAAUACCUGCAAGGGGGAGACAUUUUUAUUUCCCUUCUAGGACAUACUUUUCUGCUUUUCUAGAAGAAUUCAAAUAGUGCCAAAUGACAUUUUGAAAGACUACAUGAGCUUUGGAAGAAAAGUCAUUAGAGGCUAUUAUUUAAGACCAUCCCUUGGGGAAGAGGAGCCAAGUUAAUUUAUAGAAUAUUAUGAGCACUGGGUGUUACAUGCAACUAAUGAAUCAUUGAACACUACACCAAAAACUAAUGAUGUACUAUACAGUGGCUAACUGAACAUAAUAAAAAACAGAAUAUUACAAGAUAGGAGCUUAAAUAAAAUAAAUGCUUCUACGCUUGGGAAACAUAAGCAAUGAGCAUUAGCAGAAGUUAGUGGAAUUAUCAAAGCCUGCUAUACUUGGCUUUUAAACUGAGUGUUCCCCCAUGUCUAUCUUUGUGAAAUUGAGAUAGAAAACUGCUUUAAGGCAGGUACAGAAAGAGCAGCUACAAUCCACGAAAGAACAGUCAUGUUUUGUAUCUCCUAACUAGCCAAUUUACAAUAAUUCCAUUCUGAAACUCGGGCUUGAUAAAUCUGAACUGCUACCUCCAACCUUGGGAACCCUAGGUUCUUUCAAGAGUGGAAAUAGUACUCCAGCCUAUCAGAGAUGCCAUACUGAUUCAUUUAAAGUUUGCAGAGGGGUGUUACAAUUUCUCUUAAAAGGGUAGAAUUGAAACUAGACCCACAGAGAGAAGUCUCAGGAUUAAGGUCUAGGCCAGGAUGUCUAUCCUUAAUCUGUCCUGAGCUUGAUUCCUGAUAGAACCAGAUACACAGUUUAUGUCCUUGACACUGUAAGAAUGAAAGUUUUUGCCCUAGGACCUGGAAUAAGUAAAUACUCCUGUGAAUUCUCAGACUCAAAUUAUCCCCUGUAGACAUGUGACUGACCCUUCUUCCACCUAGCCCAGAAACAAAUAUUUAAAGUCCUCCUUCCACCAGCCUACUAUUUACUACAUUUGUGUAAGUUCCAAUAAUGACCUCUGACACUUUGUGAUUUCAUUUCCCAUCAGGAUGCUGGAACCAAGAACCUUCUUUUAACCUACAGAGAUAGCCCUUGUACUGAGGACACAGAGAUGAAUCUGAAAUAUAUCUGCCUGUUGACUUAGAAAGGUAGACCAGUAAUAUGAUACUUAUAAUGCAGUACAGCUAGGUGCUAUGAAAUAAUAGUAAAGGGGGCUGAGGUAGGUAGGCACCAAAAACAAACAGAAUCUGGCAGGACUUCAUGAAAUGAUGUGAAGACUUCUAUUUGGAGCAGAAAAAUCCUACAAAUCAACUAAAAAUGCUCAGUAAAAUAGAAAAAUUAUCUCAAAUACUGACAGAUAUUCUAUCGAGUGCUUAUAUAGCAGAGUAUCUAAGAAUAUUAAAGAAAUCUGCACUGGGGGCAAAAGUGAAAACAGAAACUGGAAAGUCAAUAAUGCUGGGGCUACCUGGGAUGUUACAAAAUGAACGAACCUGGAGACAAAAGUGAUGCUAGAAGCUACAAGGAGCAACAAAUUCAAACACAUAGUGGGAGAUUUUAACACAUCGCUCAGUAAAU